AUGCAAAAUUCGAAAAUAACAAUUCAAAACCAUUUUCAAGUCGACAAAGAUGAAAAAGAUAUUGAUUUGCUCACAAAUUUUAAAGGCUCUAAAAUCGAAUCAUGUAAAACAGCCUUGAAACAGAUUCUUUCUUCUGUAAAUCGAUUGGACCAAAAUAUAUUUAAAAUUUUAAAAUCUUUACAAAAAUGGAAAACACUAAUUGCAAAGACUGACCAACACAAGAUAACUGUAAAUUUUAUCAAAUUUAGCGAAGACUUAUCCUCUGAACUUCAUAAAGCUUCACUAUUUAUUAAUGAUAUUAUUCAGAUCUAUAAAAUCAUUUCAAAUAAUACAUUUAAGGCCGAUGAUCUGAUUGAAUUAAUGGAAAUGUUGCUUAAUGAAUCUAAUAAAAGGAUUUGUUCCUCUGAAGGGCUAGAAGAUGAUUUAGAUAGUAUUAUUAAGAUGUUUAAUAAUUCAUAUAACUCGAAUAUGAUAAAUUACUACGACGAAAACAGAAGUAUUAAAAUUACCAAUAAUAAUGAAAAUGAAACAAUUGAAGAAAUAUAUAAAGAAAUCAAAGAAAUUAAACAUCAAUCCAAACUGAUUAUUGAUUUUUGGAACAGUCAUAAUUGUCUAAUUGAGUGCUCUGCAAGAUCGCUACAACAUCAUAUGAAAAAUUCAACUGGUGUAUUAAGAAUUUCAAAGGUUGAUUAUGAGGAGUUGAUAGACCUAUGGGCAAAUGUGGAAAACAAGUAUAUGACUGAUUAUACUAGAAUUAACGAAGCGAUAGUAAAAGUUACCGAGAUAUACAAUACUGGUGAUGCCAUUAGUGAAGUUGAUUCAACUCUUGCUAAGUCCGAUGAUCUUGACCCAACUCCUGAUAAUAUCAUUGCUGGAGCUUUAUUUGUGAUGACAAUAAUUUAUAGUUUUUAUUGUGAAAUUAAACGAUGUUCACAAAUUUGGGGUUACAAAAAUUUGAGGUAG